AAAAAUUGAAAUCCGAAAACAAAUAACGAAAUUACUAAACUCUUUGCGUCCGUCAGUGAGGACGAUACUGUAGCUAACAGUUGCAACUAAUUUGUUUGAAAGUGCUUUAAACAUCGAUGAAAAUCCGAUCAUCGUCCACCAGCAUUUGCAAUCUGACGCUGUCUGCACUUUGUUUCAUUGAUUUAAACUAUUUCUGAUGGAACUGCAUACGAACUCUGCAAAUGAUUCGAACGUGGUGGCGGUGGAUUCGGUGCGUGUGUGCGAACUGCCGCCGUCCACCGUGGAAUUCACGACACGCCAGAAGAUCCCGCGCCCUCCCAACGCCUUCAUGAUAUUCGCCAACGAAUGGCGCAAGAAACUUGCAGUCAACUACCCGCGCGAGAGCAACAAGGACAUCAGUGUUCGGCUCGGUGCGAUGUGGAAAUCAAUGACCAAGGCAGACAAGGACCAGUACUUCGCCCAAGCUAGGCAAGUGGACGCUGAACACAAGCGGAAGUACCCGAACUAUGUGUACAACCCGAAGGAGGCGCGGCUACGCAAGGCGAUGCGCGAGCAGUCGCGGGAGACACGGCUGACGUCCGGUCGCGGGGGCGGCGCCGGCCGAGCCGCGGGGUGGGCUGCCGCCGCCCGCCAGAGGGGCGCCCCCGGCGUGCCCAUGCAGUCUUGCAAGCUCGAGUGUCCAGACGAGCUGCGGAAAUCUGUGCGGGAACAGGUGGAGCAGGGUCUGCUCAGUGGCUACACAGAGCAGUUCCUCGACUUUGAGACCAUCACACCAUACCCUGUGGGCAUUGUGGGCAUGCCGGACUACAAUUUCUUUCCAGAAUUUAGUGGCCAUAUGUGGUACAACCAGAUGCAACAGGGAUCUCAACAUGGAGGAGCAAACUAUUUGAGGCAAUCAGAUGACAAACUCCAGCCAUUUGGGGCCUGGAAUGUGUGUGGUAAUGACAGCCGAGGCCACCAAGGUUCAUCAGUGAUGGUCCGGCAGACAGUGUUAGGUGGCACAAACCAAUUUGGACUAGCUCAAAAUGGAACUUGUGCUGGUCAGAAUGCUGGACGCAUAGGUUCUGCACAGCUGCAACACUCUGGGCUGUUCCAGAAAAUGGAAAACUCUCAGAGAGAAGACUGUGUGCGAGUAAGUACACCUGUGCAUGCUGGAUCUCAGCAGAAGCAGCUGCAUCAGCAACAUCAGAUUGCUCAGAGACAGCAGCAGCAGCAACAACAACAACAGCAGCAGCAACAACAGCAACAAGCCCAUCAUCAACAACAACAACAACAACAACAACAACAACAGGUCCCAAAGCAGGCCAACAGCAAGAAGCAACAGGGAUCAAAUAUGGCUGUUUCUGUGACUUCUGGUGGAAGUACAUGCACCACAGCUGUCACUUCAACUACUCCAGUUGACACUAAACCAUUACCUGCUUUUGAGCAGGCAUUUGGGUCUACUGAGAUUGGCCGUUUCUCACAUGAGGGUUUUUUUAGUAGCAUGCAACAGCAACUUCAGCAGCAGCAGCAACAACAACAACAACAACAACAACAACAACAGCAACAACAGCAGCAGCACCAGCAACAGCAGCAGCAACAACUUCUGCAUCAACAGCAACACCAGCAACAGGUUGAUGAAACUGAGUCACUCUUCACCAACAAGACAUCAUCCUUGUCUGCUCCACUGCAUGAUGACUAUAAUGGGCUGCCUCCUUUCACCUUUUCCCCUCCACCUGCACCUCCAACAAAUGAGAAACUGGAAGCAACUGACAUGCUGCUCUCUCCUUCUAAUUGGCCAAGCCUCUUUUACUACACAUCUGGAGGAAUUGAUCCUUGGACCAGCAGACCAGCUAAUACUUAUUUUGAUUAUGGAAUACCAAAUCCUGGAUUGACAUGUAGUGGUGACAAUUCUUUUGUGUUAGGGCCUGAUACAAACACUCCAGAUGCAUUACAACCUUUGUUGUGUCAACAGGAAAACAGUGCUAAACACAGUGACAAUAUGGAUAAACAUGAUGUGGUGAUCCCAGGGCUUAAAUUGAAGGAGCACACAGUAAUAUCAGAAAAUGAUAGAAUAUGUGUCAUCAAGGAAUCUGACACAACAUCUGUUGACAACAGUGACCUGCCUCUACUGUGAGAAACUUCAGAUCGAAAUGUUUUUUUUUUUUCGACAAUGAUAUAGUCUACAAACAGUUUCAUAGCUCUUGCAAAACACUUAGAAUGUUAAUCAGAGGAAAGUGUGCUUCAGAGCUGUAACAGAAAAUAAAGAUACUUGUGGCUAAGAAAAAAGUAAGUUUUCUGUAGAUGAUUAUAAAAAUUUGUGUGAAACUAUACUGUAAUAACAAAAUUCCAAAUUCAUAAUGCUUUGUUAGUUGUCACAUCAAAUAUUUUACUAUAAUAAAGCCAUCUUCCUAUGAGAAUACAUUUA